AAAGGCUCAACAUCAGCUCCAUGGCCAAUAUCUCCAAGGUGUUUAAGAAGACCAGCUCCAAUGGGAAGCUCUCCAUCUACCUGGGGAAACGGGACUUCAUGGACCAUGUGGACAUGGUGGAACCCAUUGAUGGUGUAGUCCUGGUUGAUCCUGAUUACAUAAAGGGUCGAAAGAUGUUUGUCACAUUGACAUGUGCCUUUCGCUAUGGCCAUGCUGACUUGGAUGUGAUUGGUCUGACAUUCCGCAAAGAUUUGCAUGUACAGGCCCAGCAAGUGGUCCCAGCUGAACCCACUAGCCCCAAUGGGCCCCUCACAUUCCUACAGGAGCGACUUCUACACAAGCUGGGGGACAAUGCCUACCCCUUUACCCUGCAGAUGGCCACCAACUUGCCCUGUUCAGUGACACUGCAACCAGGUCCUGACGAUGCAGGAAAGGCCUGCGGGAUUGAUUUUGAAGUGAAGGGUUUCUGUGCUGAAAGCAUGGAGGAGAAAAUCCCCAAAAGAGACUCUGUGAGGCUGGUUAUUCGGAAAGUACAAUUUGCACCCCUGGAGCCAGGGCCUGGCCCCUGGGCCCAGACCAUCCGCCGCUUCCUUCUGUCACCUCAGCCCCUACAACUCCAGGCCUGGAUGGACAGGGAGGUUCACUACCAUGGUGAACCCAUCUCUGUCAAUGUUUCCAUCAACAACUGUACCAGCAAGGUCAUUAGAAAAAUCAAGAUUUCAGUUGACCAGAUCACAGAUGUUGUCCUGUAUUCACUAGACAAGUACACCAAGACUGUGUUCAUUCAGGAGUUCACGGAGACUGUAGCUGCUAACUCCAGCUUCUUACAGAGCUUUACAGUAACCCCACUCCUGGCUUCUAGCUGCCAGAAACAGAGCCUAGCACUGGAUGGCAAACUCAAGCAUGAAGAUACCAACCUGGCCUCUAGCACCAUUCUUCGACCGGGAAUGAACAAGGAGCUGCUGGGGAUCCUAGUGUCCUACAAAGUCAGAGUCAACCUGAUGGUGUCCUCUGGGGGAAUCCUAGGAGAUCUGACAGCCAGUGAUGUUGGUGUAGAGCUGCCCCUGAUCCUGAUCCAUCCAAAACCAUCUCAUGAGGCCCCAAGCUCUGAGGACAUAGUCAUCAAGGAGUUCACACAGCAGGAGCCUGGCCAGGAGGAAAAUCAGAAGGCUUUGGAGGUGGAGGGAGAUGAGGGGAGCUAAGUGCUUUGCUCUGGUGCCCCUCUGUGUGGGGGUCUCUGUUGUAAAGCUCUAAUAAAUCAGCUUGUCCAGAUAUG